GUACCAGCAACUGUACAACUAGCAAUACAUUACUUUUGUAUUAGCUUAAAAAAAUGGACUUCUACGUUUUUUUUCUGUAAGUUUAGUGUUAUAAGUUGUGGUUAAUACAACUUUGAUAUAGGUAUAUACAUGAGGUUUUCUGUAUUAGCCAGGUACAAAGUACAAGCUAUUUCUUGGCUUAAAAAAUGUCAUACUCGCAUAACCCUGAUAUGUUUCGCUGGAAAAGAUUCACGAAGACUAAAAACCCCACUGCAAAUAAGGUGAUGCACAGUAAUGGGGAUAUUGACCAAUGGCUGAAGACUGUGGAAAUGGCCUCAGACUUUGCAUUGACUGAGGUGUUUUCCCUGAAGAAGCCCCAUUCAGGGAUAAGCAGCCAGACAAUGGCACUAAAAAAUACAGAGCAGCUGCUGGAUCAUGACGAAGCAUACGGGGAAGCUCAGGCUCUUCUUAGUGAAUGGAUGAACAGCAAGUUGCGUCUGGAACUGGAGAUGGAGGAAGAGGAGGAUGUGAUUGUCUCCCCCGAGAAGAACAGUCCAGAAGCAAUGCCACCUGCCCAGCCUGUCUCCCUGGACUACAGUAACUUUGAUGACCUUUAUUCCCACCUGGCUGAGGAGGAGGAGAGCUCAGUGGUCAACAACUUCCUUCAAGACCUCAUGGAGUGGGAAGUGGUGGAUUCUGGGAUAGUGCAGGAUCUGGCACUAGACUCAGAAGAGCGAGACAGGAUGAAGAUAAGGGGGAUGGGCCUCACCAUGGAGGCGCGUCAACGACAGGUACGUGAGAAGCGUGCAAUGCGGGAUGCGGAGCGGGAGAGGCUGCACAGCGAAAGGGAGGCGCGGAGGCAGGCCAGGGAGGAGGCGCGUAGAAGGGAGCAGGAGGGGGAGAGGCGGAGGAGGCAGGAGGCGCGCAGACAGGAGGAAAUGGUGCAGCAGGAGAUGGUGCGACUGCGCCGCGAGAUGGAGGAGAGGAGGAACCUGGAGCAGCUAACCAGGGAGAGGGUUGCCAGGAAGACUGCAGCUAAUAAGAGCUCUCUGGCGCUCCAGCCAGGCCCCUCACUCUCUACUACACAGAAACAACAGGACAGAGAGAGACCAGAGUCACACAGACUACAGCAGGCAGAGGCCAGGACUCCGAUGCUCAACCUGCAGUGUCUGCAGAGGCACUUCUCUGGCUGGUACUGUGUGCUGUUGGAGAGGAGGGUGCGGAUGGGCAAGGCUGCGGCGCUCUGUGAUUGGAAGAGGGAGCUGAGGGCGUGGCGAGCCUGGCGGGCGCUGGUAUGGGCAGGGAGAGAGCAGAGGGAGGUGGAGAGAACAGAGGAGGAGCUACAAAUCCAGAACAGACGCUGCCAGGUGGCGAUAGAGAGUGACCGGAGGCGUAUGCUAAGGCGAUGCCUGAGUGAUUGGCGGUUGUGGUGUCGGGCGGAGAGAGGACGCCGGGAGCUGUUGGCACAGCAGGAAGAAACACGGUACAAGAUGGCCUCACUGAUCAAUGCUGCGGCAACUGGGAAACUCAAGGCUCCUGAGACACCUGCUAAUGAGCAAAUUACAGCCAUUCCUGAGACUUUUGACCAAUCACAGACCACAGAACUGAAAGGUCAGGUGGGGUCACGACCUGCUGGCCCCGCCCCAUCUCCUGCCUGUCAAGGUAACAGACAGCUGGGGGCUGUGGUCCAGCCCACCCUUCCCUGGCAGGUGACACGGCGUCACGCGGCUCUGAGUGGAGAUGAGCUGAGGCGAGCACGGCAGAGGGGUGAGGAAGGUGGGGACGGCAGUGUAGGUGCUGUCCCCCGUUCUCGUAGUGCAGAGUUGCGUGGAGGACGGUUUGAGCGUCGCCACGCCAGCCAACAGCAGACCAUCACAGAGCAGAGGAGGCUCCUCCGGGAACAGCAGGAGCAGAUCGCACGCCUGCAGGAGGGUAAGGGCAUGAUGGGAUUGAAGCAGGAGGCACAGAUUGCUCAGUUUGCUGUCCCAGCAGCCCAAGGGCCCAGAGGGAUGAUCUCUGACCACAAAGAACCCAGGGCUGGGAGUGUCUCUCAGGGGAACGAUGGCCGCUCCUCGGCCUCCAGGAAACUAGCCGUCCGUCUGCCAUGUUGUCAUCCCACUGUCAUGGCCAUGGAGGAACGUGCUCGUCAGCGAGUGGAGCGCAGGAGGGAGGUGGAGGAGCUGAAGACAAAGAAGGAAGAGGAGAGAAUAGCCCAGCUGAAAGCAGCAGAGGAGGAGAGGCAGAGGGAGGAGGAGGAACAGAAACGUAGAGCAGCUGAAAGGAGAAGGGAGGAGAAGAGACAAGAGAGAGAGAGGGAGCAGGGGAACCAGAGGAGGUUUGAGCGAGAGCAGCAGCUCCAGACCCAGGCCCAGCAACACUACCAUAAAUCUCUGUUACUACGGCGAGGCCUGGCGCCAUGGAAACGCAGAGUCGCCAUGAGCCAAGCCAACACUCAGCUGGCCAGGGCUCAUCACAGACAGUCUCUCCUGAAACGGUGCAUCCUGUCCUGGCAGCAGGUAACAGGCGAGUCCCUGGCUCAGAAACGAGCCUCUGCCAAACAACUGCAUCAACACAUCCUGCUACGGAGGAGCCUGGGCAACUGGAAAAGGUUGAAGGACCACCGCAUGGUUCUAGAGGGGCAGGCCGACCGGUUCUGGCACAUGCACACUCUGAGGAGGGCUCUGAUCGCGUUACUAGAUCACGUGACCCAGGAGAGGAUGGUGGAGUGGGUCCGGGAGCAGCAGGCUCAGGGACACAGUGAUAGGCGAGCGGUGCGGAGUUGUUUCCAGGCCUGGAGACAGUAUCCAGGGUGGCUGCGUGAGGAGAGAGAGAGGGAAACCAGGAGGGAGAAGCUGAGACGCAGAGUGGCAGAGAGUCCUACCUGACUUCCGCUCCUCUCCUCUGAACUUUCAAUGGGGACAAGCCCUGCUGUGACUCACAGGACACACACAGGCAGACACGACGGAAUACUUCAAUACAGCAUAAUCCAGCAGAUGGGAGCCAAUAAAUGUGGCUUGUUGCUGGUGUAACAAGUACACACACAGGCUGUUUGUCAUCCUUAAUGGCCAGAGAAAGCUGGAUAUAACUUUAUGAAGACCGUUUGGAAAACUUUUGUAACACCAAUGACUCGUUAAAAACUGAACGUAUGUUCAGGUUAUUGAAUUUGUUUUAUUUGUGUAUCAUUGAAGUCACAGUUUGAUGUAAUUUGACAGACGCUUGAAGGCAUCAAUAAGGAUAAAAAAGCAUAUCACCAUAAGCGAGUUGCACUGUGUUUUGUGU